UUGGAAACAUCGAAGCGGAGAAUCCCUUUGUGGAGAAAGUGGCUGGGUUCGCCUCCUCCUCCGCCGCCGCCGCCUCUUCCAGCAGGAGAACAUUUGAUAUGAGAAACAACCAUGGAUCCGAGCCGGGGAUUUAAAUUCUGGAACAUGCUGCCAAGCUCUGCUGCUCAAUAAGGAUGAAAAGGAAAUAAGGGGAGAUUUGCAAAAAAACUAUCAGGGAGCGGCGUUGCAGCAGAAGGAUGCCGCUGGUGAAGCGCACCAUCGAGCCCCGGCACCUGUGCCACACAGUGCUGCCAAGGAACAUCAAGAAUGAGCUGGAGUGUGUGACGAACAUCUCCUUGGCCAACGUCAUCCGCCAGCUCAGCAGCCUCAGUAAAUAUGCAGAGGACCUGUUUGGAGAGCUGUUCAAUGAGGCCCACUCCUUCUCCUUCCGGGUCAACUCCCUUCAGGAGCGCGUGGACCGCCUCUCCAUCAGCGUCACACAGCUGGACCCCAAAGAGGAGGAGCUGUCUCUUCAGGACAUCACCAUGAGGAAGGCCUUCAGGAGCUCCACUAUUCAGGACCAGCAGCUGUUCGAUCGCGAGUCUCUGCCCGUCCCGAUGCAGGAGACCUUCCACACCUGCGAGCAGCCGCCGCCUCUCAACAUCCUCACUCCCUACAGGGACGACGGAAAGGAAGGUCUUAAGUUCUACACCAACCCGUCCUACUUCUUUGACCUGUGGAGAGAAAAGAUGCUGCAGGACACAGAAGACAAGCGGAAGGAGAGGCGGAAACAGAAGCUGAAGGCGAUAGACCGUCCCCCCGAGCCGGAGAAGGUGCCGCGGAUGCCUCACGACCGCAAGAAGGAGUGGCAGAAGCUGGCGCUGGGCGCGGAGCUCGCCCAGGACGUGCCCGAAGACAAACACCGGGAGGCCAACGGAUCCGCCGGCUAUCACGACAACAGGGCUCCGUUGUACAUGGAGCAUUUGGACGGGCCCUUCUCGCUGGCAGCGCUGCCCUACAGCCAGAUGAACGAGCUGCUGAACCGCACCGGGGACAGAAUGUACUCCCGACCUCACGACCCUCCGCCGCCGCCUCCCCCCAUGCACCCGCUGGGAGAGAUCAAGCCCCCCUCUGUGAUCAGCUCCAGCUCCGGCUUCUCCGACAGCAGACCCCAGUCUCCGGCCCGGACGGCAGGCUUCAACUCCAACACUCCUCCGCCGCCGCCGCCGCCCCUCCCCCCUCCUCCUCCCCCGUUGCCCUCGUCGGGGCUGCGGGGCACCCCUCCGCCCCCGAUCCCCCCCCUGCCGGUCCAGCAGCACCCCCCGGCCAUCCCGCCUCCCCCCGCCCCCCUUCAGAUCGCCCCCGGGGUUCUCCACCCGGCGCCUCCGCCCGUGGCGCCCCCCCUCCACUCCUCGUCCCCGGCGCGGCUCCAGCAGGCCCUGGACAAGGGCCCGUCCGCGGGCUCCGGGACGCAGUCGGACGGCUCCAUCCUGCCUCCCCCGCCGCCGCCGCCCCCCCUGCCCCUCCCCGGGGCGCGGAGCUCGUCGCCGUGUGCGUCGGGCCCGCCGCCCGUGCCGCCUUCCCCUCGGCAGGAGCCAUGGCCUCGCCGCCCCCCCCACACCGUCCACGACGUGGGGCCCAAGAGGCACCACCCGGCCAAUCUGCCGCCCAUCAGCGACGCUCGCAGCGUCCUGCUGGAGGCCAUCAGAAAAGGCAUACAGCUGCGGAAAGUGGAGGAGCAGCGAGAGCAGGAGGCCAAGCACGAGCGGGUGGGGAACGACGUGGCCACCAUCCUGUCGCGCCGCAUCGCCGUGGAGUACUCCGACUCCGAGGACGAGUCCGAGUUCGACGAAGGGGACUGGAUGGAGUGAGGGCGGCGAGGCGUGGAGAGCGGGAGGACAAAAAGUGUUGGGGCGGCGCGCGGCGCCACGCCUCACUGUCGGAGAAGAGAAACCUUCUUGUUGCCCAGUUCUUCUCUGUCCAGCUGUUUUCUCUGUCUCG